AGAGUUUCAACCACGAGAGGAUGAAGGAAAAUCUUGAGAUAUUCGACUGGUCGUUGAGUGAGGAGGAGCUGAAGAAGAUCGAAGAGAUCCCACAAUACAGAAUCUGUCGCGGAGAAGAUUUCAUCUCCAGUUAUGGACCUUACAGGACAGAAGGGGAACUGUGGGAUGGGGAACUUUGAUUCCAUCACCUGAGUAGUGGCUGUUCGGUACAGUGUUUUGGAGUUACUGAUAGUGGUUUUGUAUAAAUCGUUAAUAAUAAGUGUUUGAUAAUUUAUUUACUUUAAAAAUGUUAUAAAUUAAGUGUCUCAUC